ACGGCCUCAACGUGUUGUCCUAUUACUCAUUCUUCUUCCGUUCUCCAUUGGUUUUUAUUCUCUAGGGUUUUCACCCUCCCUCUCUGAAUCCCAAAAGCCAUGGCCGAGAUCAUGAACAUGCCCGUCGACUCCUUGGACCGCCGUCGCGACCGCAAAGACAAGUCUUCCGAAGAGCCUCCUCAAUCCUCGCCUCCGCCGCAACAACAACCACCACCCCAGCAACAGCCGCCGCCGCCUCCUCCGCCCUCGCGAAGACGCGACCGCGACGAAAAGGAGAGAGGAGAUAGGGACGUCGACCGCCCGCCUCGCCGCCCGGAGAGGAAUCGCUCCCCUCCGCCUCCGAGGGAGAGAGAUAGGGACAGGGAUUACAAGCGGCGGGGCAGCCUUAGUCCACCGCCUCCGUAUAGGGACCGCAGGCACUCGCCGCCUCGGAGGUCGCCGCCGCCGCCAUUUAAGCGGUCGAGGAGGGAAGAUGGAGGGUACGACGGCCGGAGAGGGAGUCCCAGAGGUGCCUUUGGACCUGGAGGUGAUAGGAGGUCUGGAUAUGAUUAUGCAAGUGGAUAUGAGCGGGAGGUGGGGGGUAGACCUGCUUAUGGUGAUGACAGGCCUCAUGGUCGUUAUGCUGGACGCUCGUCUGGUGGCUAUGGCCCUUCUGACUGGGAUUCAGGACGUGUUGGUUUUGGUGAUGCUUCCAGCACUGGGACCACUCAAAGAGAAGGGCUGAUGUCAUACAAACAAUUCAUCCAAGAGUUGGAAGAUGAUAUUUUGCCAGCUGAGGCUGAGCGCAGAUAUCAAGAAUACAAGGCAGAGUAUAUUUCUACUCAGAAGCGAGCUUAUUUUAAUGCUCAUAAAGAAGAGGAAUGGCUAAAAGACAAAUAUCAUCCCACAAACCUACUCACUGUAAUUGAAAGGAGAAAUGAAAUAGCACGGAAAACAGCAAAGGAUUUCCUGCUUGAACUGCAAAGUGGAUCCUUGGACUUAGGCCCAGGUGUCAAUCCCUCAGCUCCAAAUAAAUCUGGACAUACUAGUGAACCAAAUUCUGAUGAUGAAGCUGAUGCGGAUGGCAAGAGAAGACGGCAUGGCAGGGAACCAAAUAAAGAAAAUGAUCUUAUUUCUACUGCUCCUAAGGCUCACCCAGUCGGUUCUGAUCCUAGACGUAUACAAGUUGACAUUGAACAAGCCCAAGCCCUUGUCCGCAAACUUGACUCGGAAAAAGGAAUUGUGGAGAACAUUUUAUGUGGACCUGAUAAUGACAAAAUGAACAGGGAAAAAUCUCAUGGUGGUUCCACUGGCCCUGUUGUUAUCGUUCGGGGUUUGACAUCUGUCAAGGGCCUAGAGGGUGUUGAGCUACUUGACACCCUUAUUACUUAUCUUUGGCGCAUACAUGGUGUAGAUUAUUAUGGGAUGAUUGAGUCAAACGACGCUAAAGGUCUCAGGCAUGUGAGAGUAGAGGUAAAGGGUUCCGAUAUAGGUAGUAAUGGAGCUGAGUGGGAAAAGAAAUUAGACUUGCAUUGGCAAGAGAGAUUGCAUAGUCAAGAUCCCUUGGAAGUAAUGACUGCCAAGGAAAAGAUAGAAGCUGCUGCUGUUCAAGGCCUAGAUCCCUUUGUGCGGAAGAUUAGGGAUGAAAAGUAUGGCUGGAAGUAUGGUUGUGGUGCCAAGGGAUGCACUAAGCUCUUUCAUGCUGCUGAAUUUGUACACAAACAUCUCAAGUUAAAACACCCUGAGCUACUGGUGGAUGUGACUUUGAAAAUGCGCGAGGAUUUAUAUUUCCAGAACUACAUGAAUGAUGCAGAGGCGCCAGGUGGAACUCCUAUUAUGCAGCAAUCGAUACUGAGGGACAAGCCACAGAGGCGUAGGCCGGGUAUGGAGAAUAGAUUGAAAGAUGAGCGUGGUAAUCGGAGAGAACGCGAAAACCGAGCUAAUGGUGGUGAGAGGUAUGAUAGGUCUGAGAAUAUGCAAGGUGAAUUCCAGUCUAACAAUGAUGGUCAAGAUGGAGGAAAUCAUGAUGAACCAAUGUAUGAUAAUUUUGGUGGACAAGGGAUGCAUGCUGGUCCUCCUUUCCCAUCAGAUAUACCCCCACCACCUGUAUUGAUGCCUGUGCCUGGUGCUGGUCCUCUCGGACCUUUUGUUCCUGCUCCACCUGAAGUUGCAAUGCAGAUGUUGCGAGAGCAAGGUGGUCCUCCACCCUUUGAAGGCAGUGGUAGAAAUAUGUGGCCUGGACCCCAAAUGAGUGGGCCAGCCCCAAUUCUUGCUUUGUCUCCAGCUUUUCGACAGGAUCCUCGACGUUUAAGAAGUUAUCAAGAUCUAGAUGCACCGGAGGAUGAAGUCACAGUGAUAGACUACAGGAGCUUGUAGAUAGUUUCCAACUGUAUAAUUGCAAGUUGCUUCCCGGUAGAGGCAAACUCUUGUACGGUCCGCCAAGUUCAACAUCUGAAUAUUCACUGUAUCGUGACUGCAGAUCCAAAGUUUGUAACCAUUAGGAUGUGAUCCCUGCGAGUCGCUUUGAAUAUACUCAUUUUUGUUGAUGAUGAUACUUCUUGCUAAGAUAAUUAGUAAGAUGUGCUGUUAGUGACGUAACUCGUAAUCUUUUGCUCCCUUCAAUUCUGAGUUUCUGACCGGUAAUUUAUUAAUGUUUUCCGGUGGGAUAUUGAUGGGUCUCUGAAAGUAUUUGCUUAUGGUUGUAAAUUGGAGUGUGGACAACAGAUUAUAAGUGACUCUGCAUUUGUUUUCUUUUUUUAUUAAAUUGUCAUUGACUAAUAAUCAACUACAGAGAUAAGUCCGGUUCAUUUGCGACUUGUCCCAAUUUUAUUUUUA